CGUUUUAAUAUUAUCAAAAACGUUGGUUUUAUAUAUUAAAACUGAAAUAUGAGCGGGCUUGGAGUGCGCAAUUUAUUGGCCCUCAGUGCGACAGCCAUUGGAGCGUUUUACCUAGGCUCACACACAGAACGUGAACGUCUCCAGCAGAGCAGUAGUCAUGUUAUUCGGCGCUUGCCUGGUCUGCCGACAUUCGGAACAGUUUCAGCUGCAAGUCUGGUGCCCGCCGCCAAUAGUGCGAACCUGACUGCAACGCCGUCGCGUGUUUCGCAGAUCAUGAAGUAUGGCUUUCCUGGGUUAGACCACGUGCGCUCCCAUUCAGACUAUGUACUCUCCUACGACCGUCGCAAUCGAAUUCCCCACUGGGUGUUUGAGCAUCUAACAGCGGAGUCAGUGGCAAGAAACGAUGCCGUGGAUCGUUCGAAAUGCGACUUCAAGCCAGACGAGAGCAUACAUCCCUUCUUCCGAUCACAGAACACAGACUACAGGAAGUCGGGCUUUGAUCGCGGACACAUGGCUGCAGCCGGUAACCAUCGACUUCACCAGAAGCACUGCGAGGAAACCUUUUAUCUGUCCAACAUGGCGCCCCAGGUGGGCCAGGGGUUCAAUCGCGACGCGUGGAACUCUCUGGAAAUGCACGUGCGGAAACUAACCAAGAGCUACACAAAUGUGUAUGUCUGCACGGGACCGCUGUACCUACCCCACAAGGAGGAUAACGGCAAAAUGUAUGUCAAGUACGAAGUCAUCGGAUCCAACACCGUUGCCGUUCCCACUCACUUCUACAAGGUUAUUGUGGGAGAGGCUACCGACCAUAAACUACACAUGGAGGCAUAUGUUAUGCCGAACAAGGUAAUUAGCAACGAUACGCCACUGAAUGUGUUCCAAGUACCACCAGAGACGAUUGAGCGGGCGGCCGGCCUGCUUUUCUUUGAUCAGAUCAACAGAAAGCACCUCACCAGCAUCAACGGCAAUAAAGUUUGAGUUUCAGCCAAGUUUAGUUGAAUUUUAGUGUAUUUGUGUACCAAGUGUACCUUUAUAGAAUUUUUGUUCUUUUCCAAAGAAUUUAGUUGAUUAAUAAAUUUAAACAAUUAAUACAGAUAAUC